AUGACCGACCUACCGGCCCAUGCCUCACCGAAUCUCGCCCGCGGAAGUGUCGCGGGCGAACACACCCCGGCCUUACCAGACUCAUUCCUGUCGCCCGCAUUCACCCCACCUGCAACCCCCGGUGGGACAUUGAACUUGGAUUUAAAUCCCACCGCAAUCCUCCACCAAACCCAGGCAGCAGAUGUCCACCAUAAGAGCCAGGAAGCUAAAGGUCCCAAAUUACUGCCGAAACUUCCAGCAGUGGAAUGUAUUGUGCGGGCGCGAAUCCCAACAACCAAUGGAGCGGAAAUGUUCCUGCACCUCUACCACAAUGACUUGGACGGAAAAGAGCAUUUGGCCAUUCGUUCCGCCGGGGAGACCGAGAUGGACCGAAUGAUCCGCGGCGCGUACGUUGGGAAAUUGCACCCGGGCCGAGUCAGCAGCCGGUAUGAUGACGAUCAGGCUGGGUCUGCCUCGACGCCAAAGCAAGUCGAGCCGCCACUGGUGCGCAUCCAUUCGGAGUGUUAUACUGGAGAAACGGCAUGGUCGGCGCGAUGCGAUUGCGGCGAGCAGCUGGAUGAGGCGGCGCGCCUGAUGUCUUUCCCCGUCGAGGAUCUUGCCUCUGAUGCGCCGCCAGAGGUCCAGUCCCUCUCGUCACAUUCGACAGGCGGUGUUAUUGUUUACCUGCGUCAGGAGGGUCGUGGAAUCGGUCUUGGAGAGAAGUUGAAGGCAUACAAUCUCCAGGAUCUUGGGUCGGAUACCGUUGAGGCAAACCUUUUGCUCCGCCAUCCUGCUGACGCCCGAAGCUAUGGACUGGCUACCGCCAUAUUGGAAGAUCUCGGUUGUGGCGUGGAUGCCAUCCCCGAAGGAAUUCGUCUACUUACCAAUAACCCCGAUAAAGUCCGUGCUAUCGAGGGCCCUAAACCGGGAAGUUCUUGUAAAAGAGCGGGUGCCGAUGAUCCCAUUGGCAUGGCGGACUGGCGGUCAGAGAGGAAUUAA